AUGUACGUAUACAAGUUCAAUGCAUUGACUAACUAUUCAAAGGUUUCACAGUGCAAUAGUACUCGCGACGAGUUAGGUUUCAAGAAUUUAAUAAUAGCAAAGCGCAUGUGUACAGGAGGGGAAAAAGUACGUGAAAGCCCCUUUGUCGACCCUGCUGAACUUGACUCCUUCCAGAAAGCAAAUUAUCCUGGCUAUUACUGGUGGGUGGUUUUUCACAAACUCCUCAGACAUGGAAUCGGGAGAAUGGUGGUGGAAGAUUCUGAAGGCAACUUCGAUUUCGACAUCUAUAGUCCCUUGGCUAGUAAACCCAUCACGACUUGGUACAAUUGGGACAGAAAUGAAGAGGCCAGCUAA